ACUGCCGUCAAGAAUCUGCUUUCGUUAUUGCGGAAAGAGCUGAGCUGUGAAUCGCUUUUAGAAUAAGUAGAUAACAUUUUGCUGUUAAAAACAUUUCAGAAAAUCACAAGUCCUUAUCUUAUAUAAGAAUUAUUAAGAAAUCUGUGAUACUCUCUCCAUUUUAGUUUUGAUUAAAUUGAUCGUUGUCUCUUACAACUGAACAAAGUUUGAGAUUUUACAAUCUCUGGAACCGUUGUUCCACUGCCAAUAUUUUGUUAUAACUCAUCAGAUUAUUACUACAAUGCGUGAGUGUAUCUCUAUUCAUGUUGGCCAAGCUGGAGUCCAGAUUGGUAAUUCAUGCUGGGAGUUGUACUGCCUUGAACACGGUAUUCAUCCUGAUGGUCAAAUUAUAUCUGACACGACUCUACGAGGUGGUGAUGACAGCUUCAACACAUUCUUCUAUGAGUCUUGGACAGGAAAGCAUGUGCCAAGAGCAGUUUUUGUGGACCUGGAGCCCACCGUAGUAGAUGAAGUUCGCACUGGCACGUAUAGUCAACUAUUCCACCCUAGUAAUUUGAUUACUGGUAAGGAACCUGCCUAUAAUAUCUAUGCCCGAGGUCACUACACCACCGGCAAGGAGAUCGUGGACCUCGUUCUGGACCGCAUCCAACAUCUGGCCGAAACCUGCAACGAUCUUCAGGGUUUUCUGAUCUUCCAUUCCUUUGGUGGUGGCACUGGCUCAGGCUUCACGUCACUCCUUAUGGAAAAGCUGUCAGAUAAGUACGGAAAGAAGACCAAGCUGGAAUUUGCGAUCUGCUCCGACCCUUUUGAUCCAGUAAUUUUCGAGCCCUACAACUCCAUCCUCGCCACCCACGCCACGCUUGAACAUUCUGACUGUGCUUUCAUGGUUGACAAUGAAGCCAUUUAUGACAUCUGCCGACGUAACCUGGGCAUUGAAAACCCCACCUUCACCAGCAUGAACAGACUGAUUGGCCAGGUUGUAUCUUACAUUACUGAUUCUCAUCGGUUUGGUGGCGCUUUGAACGUUGACCUGAAUGAAAUCCAUAGUAACUUGGUGACCAACCCCCGCCUGCACUUCCCUCUGGUUACCUAUGCCCCUUUCACCUCUGCUGCGAGGAUAUGCUAUGAGCAGCUUACCGUACGUCAAAUUACAAAUGCUUGUUUAAAGCCUGCCAACCAGAUGUUGAAAUGUGACCCACAACAUGGAAAGUGCAUGGCCUGCUGCAUGCUGUACAGAGGGGACGUUAAGUGCAUGGACGUCUGCACUACCAUCGCGACCAUCAAGACCGAGCGCUCGAUCCAAUUCGUGGACCGGCGUCGAACUAACUUCAAGUAUGGCAUCAAUUCCAAGCCACCAACUGUGGUUCCUGGAGGCGACCUGGUAAAGGUACCGCGUGCCGUAUGCAUGUUGUCCAACACGACCGCCAUUGCCGAGGUCUUUGCUCGCAUUAACGACAAGUUCGACCGCUUAUAUGCUAAGCGUUCCCGUGUUCACUGUUACGUGGAUGAGGGUAUGGUAGAAGACGAGUUCUUAGAAGCUCGCAAGGAUCUUGCAGCCCUGGCGAGGGAGUACGAGGAGGCCGGCAGAGAUUCUGUUUAAGGAGAAGGAGAGGGUGCAGUGGAGUACUGAAUGUAUACUCCAGUUUCAAUUUGGGUUGGCAGUAUUGUAAGAAUUUUGUUUGUUACCUAAUGUUGCUGAUGUAUUAAAAUGAAUAUAAACAGACAAA